AAUAUCUGUCUUCUCAAAGUGCUGAGCUCGGCGUGCCUUUUACCCACUUCAAUAUGUACGACACUCUCCCUAAUUACAGCGAGAGCCCUUCCAUAGGCGUUCGGGGAGAGCCCACAGAGCAUACCAUCCUACUCUCUAAGCACGACGAUCAUGCCUGCAAGAGCACGAAAAUCUGUGCACCCUUCUUGACCGAACUUGUCCGGCUGGUGAAGGAUUCUGUCCCGGUCAUUCUAGCAUACACGCUCCAGAACAGCCUUCAGACUACAUCGGUAUUGAUUGUAGGAAGGACUUCACCUGAAAAUCUAGCGACAACAGCUUUCUCGCUCAUGUUCGCCAUGGUCACUGCGUGGAUGAUUGCCUUGGGCGGAACAACCGCGCUGGACACGUUAGCCUCGUCAACGUUCACAGGAAGCUCAAAUAAGCACGACUUGGGCAUUCUGCUACAGCGAGGAUUCGUGGUCCUUGGGCUCUUCUAUGUGCCCGUCGCCAUUCUGUGGGCUUGCUCUGAGCCCGUGUUUAUUAUGCUUGGUCAAGAUGCCCAGCUCUCCAGAGAUAGCGCGCGCUUUCUGACGUGCUUGAUCCCUGGGGGCCUCGGAUACAUCUAUUUCGAGGCCAUGAAGAAGUACCUGCAGGCACAGGGUAUCAUGCGUCCUGGUACAUAUGUGCUGCUGAUAACGGUACCAUUCAAUGCAUUGCUCAAUUACCUUUUCUGUUACACGUUUCGACUGGGAUUACUCGGUGCGCCAUUUGCCAUGGGUAUCUCUUACUGGUUGUCUUUUGUACUGCUCAUUCUGUACUCCCGAUUUGUCGCCGGUUCCGAGUGCUGGGGUGGCUGGUCCCGCGAGUCGUUCCAAAACCUCGGAACCUUCGCCCGGUUGGCUAUUCUGGGCGUGGUGCAUGUGGGAACCGAGUGGUGGGCCUUUGAGAUAGUGGCGCUCGCAGCUGGCAGAUUGGGGACCAUCCCGUUGGCUGCACAGAGCGUCAUCAUGACCGCAGACCAAGUGCUCAAUACAAUUCCAUUUGGUGUAGGCGUCGCCACGUCGUCACGCGUCGGAAACUUACUAGGAUCCCGGGAUGCAGCUGGGGCAUCGAGAGCGGCCUAUACAGCGGCGUGGCUGAGUAUGAUUCUGGGAGGGGCCGUAUCGGCCGUGCUGAUGGGCACUCGACACGAGUUUGCGAAGAUCUUCAAUCCCGAUGAAAGAGUUGUACAUCUCACUGCAGAGGUGCUGCCAUGGGUGGCGCUGUUCCAGAUCGCCGACGGGCUCAACGGGAGCUGUGGUGGGAGCCUUCGGGGGAUGGGAAAACAGCAUAUCGGCGCGUUAGUCAACCUGGUCAGUUACUACUGCGGUGCUUUGCCCCUAGGUGUCUGGAUGGCUUUUCAUGGUUGGGGACUAAAAGGGCUCUGGGUGGGACAAUGCAUCGCGUUGUAUCUUGUGGGGGCACUGGAGUGGAUGAUCGUGACCUUCAGUAACUGGGACAAGGAGGUCGACAAGGCAUUCCUGCGCAUGGACAUCCACGACCGAUUGGAGACUGGAGUUACUACCAAUGGUGUUGCGACGGAGGCGUAAUGAUAGAUAGUAGGUAUAGGGUGCGUUAGAU